AUGUUUAGGCAGCUUGGAGGAGUUCCUACAUGCGAAGACGUUCAAUUUAUGCCGUUAAAUUGGGAAAUCGGAUAUGAAAUAGCGCUCGGAGCAACGAAACCAAUAGCAUCGAUUCACACUCAUGGUCUUCUCAGUGGGGUGAUAAAAUCAUCUAACUUUCUGAUUCAAAGCGACUUCUUACCUCGUCUUUCCAGCUUUGAAACGUCUGUGGUCGGAAAGAAUGUGUUACCGUUUGGGGAUUUUGAUAUUGGAGAUUAUCAUCGGAAAGAAACCUUCGAUGACUAA